CAAGAAAAGAAAGCAAAACGCGUAUUUUCUAUGGUUUUGUUUACCUAAGCAAAUCCUCUUUACACCCACAAAACACGAGGCACGCAUCUCAGCUCAUCAUCAACAACAACACUCUCAUCAAUAUAUAUAUAUAUAUAAGCUUUGAAUUCAACUGUGGAAAUCUUUAAAUUCCUAAAGCCCUGUGUACUUGCUGAAAACCAAGAGCAAUCUUUAGACCCUUCAAAGAAAAAGAAAGAAAGAAGAGAAUUAACAGCCAAGCAACCCGAGGCAGCCAGUGAAUAGAUUAGAUUACCCCAUUUCCAAAAAAAAUAAAAUAAAAAAUAGCCCAUCCCACCUGCUUCCCCUCCCUUUAUCCCAAAAUUAAUUUAUAUAUCUUUCUUUAUUUUUUAUUUGUAUUUCCGGGUUUCAAUUUUUGCCCCCUUUGUCUUCUGGUUGUUGUUGUUGUUGUUGUUGUGAAAUUUAUUGUUUUUGUUUUAUCUAUCAAAUCCAGAAAUGGGUUCUUCUCCAUCUGGUAUUUUGUUCUCCUAUAUUGUAUCUCUUUGUUUAAUAAGCUGCGUUUGGGGUUCUUCUAUUUGCUCGCAUGAAGCUGAUGUGUUCAUUAAUAAUCUUCAUUUUCAAUGCUCUCCUUCGAUUUCUCCAAUCCCCCCUCUCAAGGUGAAUGGGAGCUUCCUGGAUCGAGCAUUGACUUCCGAACAGAGAAAUGGUUACACUUCUGUGCUCUUUUAUGCUUCUUGGUGCCCAUUUUCACGCAGUUUGUACCCAAAGUUCGACAUUCUCAGUUCCAUGUUUCCUCAGGUAGAGCAUCUGGAAGUUGAACAGUCUUCAGCUUCACCGAGCAUAUUUUCGAAGUAUGGAAUUCAUAGCUUGCCGUCAAUUUUGAUUGUGAACCAGACAUCGAUGGUACGAUAUCGUGGUUCAAAAGAUCUCUCAUCAAUCGUACAAUUUUACGAGAAAACAACAGGAUUUCAACCAGUUCAAUAUAUUGCCGAAAGUGAACCAGUUGUAUCAGGAGACGACAAUAGAUACAUGGUACAGUUGUGGAAUGAAACCCCAAUGGAGAUAGUAGAACGGGAGCCCUACUUAGCAUUUGCCUUGCUGUUUCUGUGUUUUAGAGUACUUCUAUCCAUAUUCCCCGAAGUAAUGUCCCGUCUCAAGGAUUUCUGGGUUUCAUACGCCCUGCACUUGAACUUGGAAAUGUUCAGUGAGACGAGCCAAUUGUUUGCACGAGCCCUUCACGUGGUCGACGUGAGGACAGUUUGGACGAAACUAAGGCUAUGCAAAACAAGGAAUUUCCAUCAAGGUGCGAAGAGCGCUCGUGUUUGGGCUUCUUCACUGGCAUCAGUCUCUUUGGGCGAAUCUUCCUCCGGUAGAUCCUCAUUGUCAUCCUAAGUUGGAGCUUUUCUGGAGCUACGCUAAAAUGUACGAAGGAGUGUAACGAUGAGGUAGUGUAUUACAAACUGCGAAUAUGUUUUGGGACAUCGUAAUCCCCGCUUUCGCUCUGUCUCUGAUAUUAAAAUCGGAUCGACACCGAAAUCUGUUGACCUUGUUUGAGUUGUAGGUUCUUGGGGGGAGGAAAUCAAGUAGCAUGUAUAUUUGAGAACAGCCUUUUCUUGUGGUGUGUAUACUCUUUGUUUGUUGGAACAUCUCUUAUAUCCCUGGAAUGUAAGCUUUCUUUUUCUCUUA